GUUUGAGUUUCUUUCAGAUGACAAACGUGUUAAAGUUAAUGACCGACAGGAUGUUGGAGAUGCUGAAGUGAUGACUAACCUUUAAAACGCAAGUCAACACUGCGCAUGUCACAGAUGUCCUGCUAAACACAACAGGAACUAGAUGAAUACAAAUCAUGGUGAAGCGGAGAGAAAACCAGUCCUGCUUUGACUAAACAGACCGUUCACUGACCAACACCGAUGGGAAAAGACUGGACUGGGACCCAGGCAGGACCGGAGCAGAAGUCCGUAGUUUGAUGAAGAGGAGGUGAAGGAGUUGAAGGAGGAGGCGCAGCGUCAAGCAGACAGUGCUGGACGAUCCGAACCGAUCCGGACUGCUGGAGGAGCUGAAGUUGAUUGGUCCAGAGGAGUAGAACCUAUUCUGGGCCAGAGAAAUGACAGCAUCCCACCCAGAUAGCGUAAUCCAGCUCAGUGAUGGUUGGAUAAGUCUGACCUGCCUCCUACGUCCUGUUUCCUGUGUGCCUUGUCUCAGCCUCAUCAUGUUCGCUCUGCUCAGAAAACUCUACCACCACAGUGAAAGCUGACAGGACCUCCUACUUUCCUGUUGUCCAAUGGAGGGUCAUGGAUGCAGUCAGAGAUGGAGGAUGCAUUUUACAACCUUCAAAAAGAACAAGAGAGUUUUAGAUCCCACUCUAGAAGACAAGAGGAGAGAGACAACCAAGAGUAGAGGAGAUGAGGAGCUACAGAAACAUGUGACUAUGGCAUCAUCCUCCAGAUACCUGACAGACAAACACUAUGUGAUGAGAAGGCCUCUGUUCUCUGAGGAACAACAUGAAUCUAUCUUAAAGAUGACAGCGAGGCCUUCAGAGGAGGAAAACCAGCUGAAUGUAAGCAUCAGAGAGCAAUCCAACACGAUGAACCCAAGUGAUGCUCUGAUUCCAGAGAGCUUCAGUCUGUCUCACAGCCCGAUAUCUCCUCCUCGCCCACCAUCAUCGUCUUUCAGUGUCGCAGGGCAGCAGGCCCAGCUAUGCUGUAGAGAAACCACUGUAGAGUCGACUCUCCACCGCAGCAGAUUGGCCCAGCAGAGCCUCUCCAGUUCAAUUCUGAAAGUCCAGAGACUAAAUCCUCCUCUGAGGCCAGCACUGACCUCCACAGUGCUGUAUCCCACUUACACUCCUCGUUCAGGGAGCUCCAGGCUAGGCUGUACUCGGCUCAGACUGAGUGCUGUAGGAGACACCAAGCUGAAUUCUCCUGGAUUAGGCUUAAAGGGAGGUUCUGGAUCCCACCAAGCCAACUUCUGGGCCUGUGCCAUUCCCAAAGCUCUGCCUCCAUCUCCAGACAGGCGCUCUGCAAGCUGGAAUCCAAACCAAGAGUACCAGGCCCUGCUGGACUACACCUACCCUCUGAGACCUGGACAUGUGGACAGAGAGUGGGACAGCUCCAAGCUGCAGGGAGACGCUCUUCUCCAGACAGACUCCAACCUGCAGGAUUCAGGGAUUGGACUGGACCAGUCUAACCCUGACUGCCUGUCAGGGUUAGACUUCUCUGGAUGUGGGCCAAUGCAGACUAGAGGAGGAAGGAGGGCAGGUUACAGGUCACCUGACUUCCAGGGUUUCUCUACAUCCUCAGACAGUCCGCCCUCCGGUACCCCACUCUGUCACACUGGUCCGGUGAGGUUUUCUUUGGACAGUUUGGACUGCAGCAGGGAUGGAGGUGAGACAAGUCCUCACAGGAGGGAUGGUGACCCAUUUCAGCUUCGAGCAGAGUCCCCGUCCACUUCCAGGUGUCUUAUACCGUCCACUUCCAGGUCCUUCAUCCGCUCCACCAGCAUCCUGCCGCGCUCCAGGUGUGUUUGUGGGGAGAAUGAUGAAGAAUUCUGGCCUCUUCCGGAGCAACUGGAAGAGCUGCAGCAGCUGUCCAGACAGGUGAGGGAGGUUACGGCCAAGCUGAGUCCACCUGUGAGGGCCAGCACUGACUCCUUUGACAGGUGUACAAUGUCCAUCCUGUCCUCUAUCAGCUUGGCUGGGAAACAGGAAGAGGAUGAAGAACCAACGAAGGACAAAGAAGACGCACAUGAAGGGAAUCAAAGGAGAGCUGCUCACACAGCAGCCAAUCGCGUGGACUCAGAGACGUUGAGGAGCUGUUGUGGUACCAGGACAGAACCUAGUAGAGGAGGCCUGACUCAGUCCAGUGCUCUGGAGGUGGAGGCUUUGGUGGAGCAACUAUGUAGUUCUAUCCUGUCUGACAGCCAGGGGGGUCAGGAGAAGAGCUCGACUCUGAUGCACCACGUCCAGAGCUUCUGUUCCCACCUAGAGCUGCUCAUCCAGCAGCUAUAUGCAGUGUCCAAGAGGAUGGAUCAGCUGGCUGCACCAGCUGUGGAUGAAGACCCUGUGGCUGCUUCUCCGGAUGACUAUCAGAGAGUCUUGAGCCACCAGCAGCCCCUGACUUCCUGCGUCCUGCAGGCUGGACGUCAUCUCCUCGGCUGCAUCAACACCACCUCUCCAUUUUUAAGAGACACCCUUCUGCUGAUUGAGAGGCAGUCUGGAGCCCUGCAGACCCACACCGACCACCCCGACACAGCCAACACGGUCCAGUCCAGCUGAGCUGAACACAGAUGAGGAAGAAAGAACUUCCCACAAACAUUCAAUAUCUCUGUGGCCUCAAAACACUGGUUUUUAAUAACUAAUUCUUGAUGAUAUAAAGAGUGGCCUGAGUAUUUCUCUCCCUCCCAAAUGGAACUAACAAGUUUUAAUGUUUACUUCUGGUCAGUUUUUCACCUGCAGCAGGUCAGAAAUGUUGUACUGAACAUGGACGUCCAGCUGGAUGGAUCCACUAAACGUUUGGAUGACUGUCUCAAUCCUCACCAGCUCACAAGAUUAAACUUUUCACUAUUUCAAUAAAACUGCUGAACAAAC